AUGCCCAGUACCAUGUUUCUCACCAUCGCUGUUCUCCCAGCGAGUGAGGGCGAUGGUCCUAUCGAGAUGCACGCGAGUGACGACGAGUUCGGCGGCAAUGUCUUGAGGGAGGAUGGUGCGGGGUCGGGUUCUGCGCAACCCGACCUGUUCGUGACAGCAAAGGAAAUGUUGUGGCUACUUCCUGGGAUAAACGGUAUUGUUAGGAAUGCUUUGGAUCGGAUGAAAAAGGCUUUCGCAUAUAAUUCGGUUUUUUUCCUCAAGGUUAUUCUCGACCUUCAGGCAACCUAUUACUCGCUAAGCCAGCCACUCCCGGCCGACGUUUUUCUCGAGAUCGAUUUGGUGUUGAAGAUAGCGGAGGUUUUGGCCGGGAGAAUGGUGAGGAAGGACAAAGAUGGCAUUUCACCUUCGAGGGAACUACAACUCAGAACCCUGGUUUCGGCCUUGUCACUAUUGUCUCAGCUGAGCAUCGGAAAACUCGACAACGGUGCCUACGCAAAGCUAUUAAAAGAUAUUUCCGAGAGGGACUACGACAACCUGGCAAAGUACACGGAGGAUUUCGGGGAGAGGGUUAGCAAUGGGGAUGUUGAGUUUCUCGUUCGUUAUGCAUGCGAUCUCAUCCGAUGCAUGCCUAGCGAGCUUCCGAAAUUUACGGAGAUGAAUUCUCAGGCUAUUCAUUUCCUUUUCGCAGCUGGUUACAUUAACCAACUUGAAGGUGCGACAACACCAACAGCGCUCGAUAAGAUAUGGGCCAGAAUCACGGCCCCACCUUCGGGAUGGCACAAAGACAUGCGCCAUCUCUACGAGGGGACCGCGGGGGCGAUAUCUCUCCAUCACCAGGCUCAAUAUAGCAACAUUGGGCGUGCCUCGCAGUAUGCUAGCAGUUUGGCGGUUGAAAUUGCUAAAUCUAUUGUUGAUAAAAUAGAGCUUGGCCUGAGGGCAUUCGCUCCAUCAGAGGGAUCUGAUAGCGAUGGCGAGGAGGGCGUCACGCGGGGUGAAAUAGAAGAUCCCCCGAGUCUUGAAACCAGGCUACUGGUGUCUGGGCUCCUUGACCUGACGGGUCAGCUGGUUAUGGCGUUCCCGGAAUGCGAUGAGAUUGUGGAAGAUGCUAAAUCGUUGGCGCUGAAACUUGUUCUAACCUCGGAUAAGAAGGAGUUUCGAAACAAAGCUUUUGAAAUUAUUAUUUCAACCACCGCUGGCUGUAGUGAGGAGGAGUAUUAUAACAUAAUGCGAAGCUUAGAUCUUGAUAUUGAGAGUAUAUCACAAGCCGGGAUCCUACCUCCUACAGAUGAAGACGAAUCAUUAAGGAUAGAAGAGCUAAAAAGGGAGAAACGGGAUGCCAUGGAUCGUUGCGAGAAGAGGUCGUUUCUUUAUAAAGGUGCUGUGGAAUCCAUGCAACGGCGACUCCAAGGGAUACGGGCUGCACGAUCGCCAAGCCGGGUAUCACAAACUAUCAAUGAAGCUCUACAUCUAGCACCAUGGGGUGAAGGGAUUAGAUCUACCACUUCAACGAGCAUACCCAGUAGCCGGCGCAGUCAAGUGCCAACUCUAUCCAGUCAGUCACCAACCUGCGACACAAACGUCAGCAGAACAUCAACCCCUACUUGUGAAUCAGUACUCGGUCCUAUUGGGAUGUUACCCAGCCCCACCGAUUCAACAGCAUGCAAGUCUUUCACAGAAAGCACUUGCCACACCUUGCUUAGCCCGGUACCCCAAUGUGACUCGCCAAUAGAAUCCCCUGUCCUUCCCUCUUUGAUCCCGCCAAAUAUGACACCUAAUGCCGCCUACCCUGCACCUACCACACCUCAUGAAGCUAUUACGCCAAACCUGGACACCACCUUGCGCUUCAAUGGGCUUGACCAAUUAUUUGCCGAUACUAUGUUUGAGGAACCUGAACUUUAUGACGAAGACAUCCCUUCCUCCAGGGCUAAUGUGGGGAAAUUGGACUUUGAGCUCCCCAUCCAGUCCCUUGACAUCGAAGACGAUCGCUCGACCUUACCACUACAAGCGCCAGAGGAAGACGAAGGAAAAGUAUUAGAGACCUCAGAUUCCAAAAAAUCCAAACCCAUGAACUCUCGACGGAUAUCUAUUUACAGCCAGGCCAUAGUUGAGCCACCGCUCCAAUCGCCCACCUCCAUUUACCCGGAGCCUUCCUUAUCGCGAACGCCAUCAGGUCAGACACAAACAAAUUCGCUAAAGCGCCAGUCCCGCGCAAGCAAACUUUUCUCACGAGGGCAUGGGUUGUUCAUUAGUCGCGAUUCCAGACGUUUCCACAGUCUGCAACUGAACAAGCCUCUUCCACUUAUCGAUAGGGAGACCAUUCUUGCCGAGGAGGCACCCGAGCCUGUACUUCCCGGCCAACCAGCGCAGCCUAUCAGGUCGCAGUCAGCGUUGGAGAUGCGGGGUGAAGAGAUGGAUCGGUUUAGGAUGGAGGGCGCCUCAUCGUCGAACCGAUACCCCUUUAAAUAUGGACUUCCAGCAUUACACCCAAUACACUGUGGUGUCGAGCCUGUUCCUGCAGCGGCAAACUGGUCAAUAGAUUAUGAGAGCCAACCAGUUGAAAGCGUUUUCAAGGUGCAAUGCAAGGACUCGUGCUUCAGCGCUUUUAUAUCGUCGGAUGCUAAAUAUGCUGUCUACUUGUCGCCUCACUCUUUUCAGGUCUUUUCAACGCCUUCACCCGAAGAGAACUUCUUAACAAAGCCGAAAUCCCACUACAGAUUGGGCUCGGCGGAGGGUCUGCGGAAAGCGAAGGUACCGUGGGCAUACAAGGCGGGGGCUGCUUCAGACAAGUACGUUGUGACGAUCACCAAGGAGAAGGUCCAGGUCCACGAGAUCGAAGACUGUAAAGUUAUCUUCACAAAUGAACCCACAGCCGGCUGGGAGAAUACUUGCGUAGCUAUCGGGGGCGACAAGAUAGUCGUCGGAAUGUCCAAGAAGAUACGCGAUGAAACCCAAGGUCUAAUCCGAAUCUACAAGAUGAACGCACCAACCUACCAGGGCCCCCGAUUUGAACUAAUAAAAGACCUCCACCUCCCGCUGAACGUCCGCGCAAUUUCGGACGCUCCGCACAUAAUCACCGUAUCCCAAGACGGCAACCAUCUAACAUGCGCGACACUGGAAUGCGGCUACUUUUUCUCCUGGGACAUUUCUCGUGUGCGAGUAAGGGAGCCGCACCUAAUUGCCAGGGGUGCACUAAAAGUUACCGAAGGUCCCGGUGCCGAAGCCAUCUCCAAUGCAGUUCUCUUCCCUAAUAAACGCCACAUUUUCUGCAGCACAUUCCCAGCAAGCACCGUAGAAGCAGAAUGGGGUGGCUCCUUUACCGAACCCACAAGCAUCUCCUCCUCGACUCCCUCCCACAGUCCAAUCCGCCAAGUCGGUCUUCGAGUAACACACUCCGCCAUCGCACCCCUCGGCAACGCAGCAGCGUUCCUGACCAAGUCCGGCCUCAUCUGGAUUACCCCCGUUGCGCAUGUCGAGGGCGAUAAUAACCUGACUACCUUUGCCGCGCUGCAUAGUAAAGAGCGCAUGCAAGGGCAACAGACACCCAAGAGUGCGGGGAGGAUUGCGUUCACGCCGGAGGGUGACAGACUUGUUGCUGUGGACAGAAAGGGGAAGAUGCUUACAUUGAGUUUUAAACGGAAUUGCACGCCCGUUCUUCCCACGAAGUUGGAAGUCGGGGGGUUCUAUUAG